CAUGAGUCUGCCCGCCUUCCUCUUAACUCGCUCGACUCCUUCCACCACCGCCAGUACCCACACAGCACACCCAUCUCCAGACAUGCAGGACGCCGUCCAGCAGCAGCAAAAUGGCUCGCUUUUUACCUGCCUCUCGUGCAGCAUCGCAUUUUACUCUGCCGAAGAUCAGAGGGAACAUUACAAGUCAGAUCACCAUCGCUACAACAUGAAGCGCCGCGUAGCUGGCCUUCCGCCUGUCAGUCCUGCCAUCUUCGACCAGAAGGUCCUCGAGAGAAGAGCAGAGACCGCAGUCACCACUUCUGCCAAGGGCAUGACUUGCGAGGUUUGCGGGAAAGCGUACACUACCGAGAAUGCGUAUCGUUCUCACUUGAGCUCCCGGAAACACAAGGAGAACGAGCUCAAGUCUGUUUCGAAACCCAAGAAGCAGCUCACCCCUCCUGAGGAUACCGUGCCCAGUGCCGAGGUCGUUGAAUCUUCACCAUCAGCGAGCAGUAGUAAAGAUGUCGACAUGGCCUCUGCUCAGCCGUCCCAGCCCGCCGCAUUGACGGUAGACGCAGACGCUUCCGAUGAGCAAGUAAAUCUGACCAUCGACGAAAAGAUCGCGGCGGCCCGCUCCCGGAUCUCUUCUUCCCAGUGCCUGUUCUGCACAGACUCCUCCGCCUCCCUCGAAGACAACCUCACACACAUGUCCGUCGCUCACUCAUUCUUCAUCCCCGACGCGGAAUACCUCGUCGACCUGGCAGGCCUCAUCACCUACCUUGGAGAGAAGAUCGCCGUCGGGAACGUCUGCAUUCACUGCAACGGCAAGGGACGCGAGUUCCGCACACUCGACGCCGUCCGGAAACACAUGCUGGACAAGGGCCAUUGCAAGAUCGCCUACGAUACCGAAGACGACCGUCUCGAGAUCUCCGACUUCUACGACUUCUCGGCGUCGUAUCCUGACGCUCAAAACGAGCCACGGAAGAAGGCCAAGCGUGCCGCUCACGACGGCGAUGCAUCCGACUCCGAGGCUGAGACUGAGGAAUGGGAGGACGUGGACGGAGAGGCUGGUGGUUCGGACGUAGACGAAGUCGUCGACGAAAGCGCGAGCGAAGCCGACUCCGAUUCUGACGGCGUUCCCGACAAUCAGCUCAGCUACGGUGACACCGAGUACGAGCUCGUCCUACCGUCGGGCGCACGCAUUGGACACCGCAGUAUGCGCCGCUACUACGCACAGUCGUUCGCGAGGGCACCGCGCGGCGGCAAGCCCGAAGACCCCAACUCUGGUGCUGCCCUUGUUCGCCGCCUGCUCGAUGACAAGCACUCAGCUCUUGUACCGAGGAAGGGUGGCUUUGGAGCCUUCGGUUCUGGUACGGAGGUCGUCAAGGCGAGGAAUAGGGGAGAAGCCAGGGAGGCCGGCCGACAUGUUCGGGAGUUCAGGGAUCAGCGACGGAGGGAGGAGUUCAAGACUAAGGUCGGGUUCAUCCACAACAGCCAGAAGCAUUUCAGGGAUCCGUUGCUUCAGGUGAGCAUCAAUUUUCCAUCUCCCGGUCCCAAGAUUGCUCAUCGUAUUUCUCUAGUGAUCAUGAAUGCAUGCAUGACACGAACCGCUUUAUUCAACAUAUAA